GCUGAGGAGGAGGAGGAAGAAGAAGAGGAAGACGAAGAUGCGGAGGCAUUCGCAGAUACAAGCCAUCGUGAUGAUUUGAUACUAGUAACGACUAACAAUACAAAUGAUGGGGAGUUAUUUAAUGAGCAUGGGCGACCGUUUUGGAAGGAUCCUAAAUAUCGGUCAGAAAUUCCAAGGAACACCAGGAAGCCGUUGUCUUCCUUACUGCUUCUACUCGCCGAGAGGAAGGUAGCAUUGAAGGAGUCUGUCCACCCUCCUGACAAUCUGGAAGGUCAUGCUCAAGAGUCUGAUUUGGACAAUUUGAUGGGCCAUGAUAAAAAGCACUUCAACGAAGAGCUUAUAAUCAGUAAUACGAUUCGCUCAAUUAUAGCUACACUCGAUGACUUGGAUGAAUACUCUAAAAAUAAGCCUCAGAGAAUUCGAAAACUCGAUGUGUUGGAGCCAAAGACGGCUAUAACAUAUGUGAGGCGCUGCCCAGAAAAGAAUGAGGAAAUUCCGUUCGAAUACUCGGGUAUGGGAGUUUGUAAGUCAGCCAAGAAGAAAAAGAGGCGCGGUUCUACUUCGACUUCAACUAGCAGCACCAGUACAGGUUCAACUAGUGAUCGCGAAUCAUCUAGUAAGAAGGCGAGGAGAAAGAAGAGUGUCGACGGUGAGACAUCUAGCAAGAAGGCUAGGAGGAAGAAAAGUAGCGAUGCUCAGACAUCUAGCAAAAGAAAGAAGAAAAGUCAAGACGGUAAAACGGAGAGAACCGAAAUAAAAACGGAAAUAAGAACUGGAAAAAGUCGGGACACCAGAACAGCCAUAAGAUCCGGGAAAAGCCAAGAUACACGAACGGCAAUAAGAACUGGGAAAAGCCAAGAUACUCGAACAGCAAUAAGAACUGGGAAAAGCCAAGACACUAGAACAGCAAUAAGAAGUGGGAAAAGCCGUGACACAAAAACGGCGAUAGGGAGUGCUGAGGCGCGUUAUAAAAAAUCAAAAAGGUCAUGGCUGGCUCGAAAAAAGAAAAGUGACAAAUAG